AUGAAUUCGUCGCAUUUGCAUGCCAUGCCCUUGAAACAAUUGAAAAGAUAUAUCAGCGCUUAUAACUUACCGGCUAAAGGCGCUAUUGAGAAAGACGACCUUGUACGUAUCAUUAUAAAUACUCGGCCCAUUUCUAAUACCAGCGAAGUUUAUUUUCGAACACAUCGAGCGACGCUUACAUCAGCUCAGCAGCAGCAACAGCAGCAGCGGCAUCAUCAGGGACAACAACCCUAUGAGGAAAAUACAGCGGCGUCAUCGUUUUCUAAUUUUAUCAACGACAUUUUUGGAGGAGGAGGGACGAGUCAAAAGAGGCAACAAGAAGAACACAAUCGACGACAACAGCAACAGCAACAGCAACAGCAAGAAUAUUUGAGACAGCAGCAGCGUCAGCAACAAGAAGCCUAUAGGCAACAAUAUGCUCGGCAACAACAGCAAGAGCAAAUUCGGCGACAACAGCAACAACAACAACAACAACAGGAACAAGAAGAGCAACGAAGGAGAAGGCAGCAACAAGCUGAGCAACAACAAUACAGACCAUCACCACCUUCAGUUCGUAAAGAUGACAUGCUCUCGCUAGACGACCUGAUCCGCUCCAAGAUUGAACCCGGUUCCUUGUCCGUACGGACACUCAAGUCGAUUCUCAAAGCCAAUUUCGUAGAACAAUCGCAUGUGUUGGAAAAAUCCGACUUGGUGUCACGCGUCGAACGACUAGCGAACGAACGGAAAAAGGAAUUGGCAGACAGGGAAGGAGGAAGUGCGGCUGUUUCAGACGAUUCACUAUGUCGAAUUUGUUGCGACAGUCAACAGAACUGUGUUUUUCUCGACUGUGGACACAUGGUUACUUGCAUGGAUUGUGGAAAGCAGCUCGUGUCGUCCAAGAAUGAGUGCCCUAUCUGUCGUGAGCCAAUACUGAAGCUUGUGCACGUAUUCCGCUCUUGA